AUUUGGCCUAUCGGGGUUCCAUGUCCGCCAACCCCUCACUUUGUGUUGCUUUUGCCUGUCACGGUGCAAGACGGUGCUUUUUUUUUCUCUUUCUAUUCAAUUCAACUAUUUUAUUUUAUUAUUUUUUGCUUGGUUGUCCAUUCGUUUCUCCGCACGUUGCUUUCCCCCUCUGUGCAUUCAUGGUCAAUCUUAUUCGGGCGCUGCAGCAAGCCACCACCAUUGCUUGUUGCUGGUCUUCGGAUGCUCAACCGAGUUAAAAAACGCCAGUCUCAAUGGAACAUCGGUACCUUUUUUUUCGUGACAAAAAGUUUGCCCGAGCGGGAGGUAGGUCUUUCUCGUUCCCGGAUACUGUCUAAACGAUGGAUCAAACGCAGCAACUAUCUGCACUAUCUGUCUAUCUAUCUCAGGUACGGGUAUACUAUCUCAGGUACAGGUAUACUAUCUCGUCUAGAGUCGCACCGGGCGAGCGGUGGGGGUCAGUGUUCCCCCGACCCCCAAAUCCCCCACCGAAGAUUGGGCUCAUUCCCCAUCGAAUUGCUAGGGUAUAAUCAAUCUAUCAUGUCGCAUGUCGCAAGUCCCAGUCAUCUGUCUACCUGUUGGUUGCAACGUUGUAGAUGCGGGGAAGUCUCGUUCGAGUAGUUCAUCUCGGAUUUGGUUGGAUUGACCUAUCUACUACAGUAGUUGGUGUCGAGACCAGUGAAUUUUGGCAUCUUGUCCUCGGCACACUAAGAACCAGGCACAGUUUAUUUUUCGUUUUGAUUUCUCCGGUAUGCAGCAGUAUGCUCGGCAUUCAACAUCCUAGUCUCGAAAUCCAUCCGUAUCAAGCGUACCCCAGACGAUGCCAUGCUUAUCUCGCAGCUCUGGUCGGCUCCCCCAAACCGAUCGACGGAUUUGUUAGUUCCCAACCAUGCAUGUUUAUCACUCCCAAGCCUUUCUUUCCCAAGGGGCCAAGGUGGCAACCGUUGCAUUUGUGCCGUGCCUUGCUGGUGCUACAAUGCUGGCUUGCGACAGGGGUGCACAAGUUGUUCGGGACAAUAAGAAACAAGACAACGCCAACUUGGAUCCGGCCUAGAUUCUUUAUCCUUUUUCUUUUUCCGUCCUGAUGUCGGGCCGUUAGUUGUCGCAUGUUCGAACCUGCAUUGUUUUAACAAAUAAAUUCUUGGCACCCGGCUCUUCGAGCCCCCCAUUUUGCGUCCGCGAACUUCUGUGACCACUCGACCCAACAAUGUCGUCUGCACCUCUGGACGGCCCAGAGCCGAGCUCCCCGGCCCACGAAGCCACGCGGCCCGCCGCACAGGAUGGCAAGGACUCGGGCGUGCAGGACCGCAGGGACUCGGCAGCCAGCCACAACAUGGGCAAGAUCAUCGAGGACCAGACCGAGACGGCGCGCGUGCUCGACCACGCCGCCGAGCGCGCCCUCUGCCGCAAGUUCGACCUGCGGCUCAUGCCCGUGCUCGCCUUUUUGUACCUCCUCAACGCCCUCGACAAGGGCAACCUCGGCAACGCCCAGACGGCCGGCCUGAGCGACGACCUCGGCUUCUCCGCGGGGCAGUACAACCUGAUCCUGUCCAUCUUCUUCGUGCCCUUUGUCAUCUUUGCGCCGCCGCUCUCGAUCCUCGGCAAGAAGUUCGGCCCCGCCAGGGUCCUGCCGUGCCUGGGCGUCGUCUUUGGCUCCAUGACCUUGUUGACGGCCGCCGCCAAGGGCUUCGGUGGCAUCUUUGCGCUGCGGUGGUUUUUGGGGAUGGCGGAGUCGGCCGUCUUCCCGCUCGUCAUCUACUACCUGACUACCUUUUACCGCCGCGGAGAGCUCGCGCGGCGACUGGCCAUCUUUUACGCGGCCGCCAACAUCGCCAACGCCUUUUCGGGUCUCUUGGCGUUUGCCGUCUUUCGCAUCGAGCGACCGGAUCUCAUCGACUUUCGCUGGCGCUGGCUGUUCAUCAUCGAGGGCUCCAUCACGGUCCUGUUCGCCAUCUUUGCCUACUGGUACCUGCCGCUCAACGCCGGGACGGCCGGCUUCCUGACCGAGGAGGAAAAGGCUCUAGCGUACCACCGCAUCCACGUUGACUCGUCCUCGGUCGUGGAGGAAGAGUUCAACUUUCGCAAGUCGCUUGUCAUUUUUAAGCACCCGACCACGUGGGCCUUUUUGCUCAUUGAAAUCUGCGUUGGUGUUUCUGCUCAGGCGGUGCAUUUGUUCCUGCCGCAGAUCAUCCAGAGGCUUGGGUACGGCGCCAUCCAGACUAAUCUGUACACUGUCGCUCCCAACAUUGGUGGCGCCGUCAUGCUCAUCAUCCUCGCCUUCCUUUCCGACUGGCGACGUAUCCGUGGGCCCUUUGUGGCACUGGGUUUCACUUUUACCUGUAUAGGGUUUGCCAUUUACGCGUCCAUCCAAGAUAUUGGGGCGCAGCUUCAGCUGGGAUAUUUUGCGACUUUUAUGAUGUGCUGGGGCACGUCUGCGCCGUCUGUACUCACCAGCACUUGGUACAACAACAACAUCGCCCACGAAGGCCAGCGUCUGGUCCUCACCUCGGUCGGCGUCCCCCUUGCCAACCUGAUGGGUCUCGUUCCCAGCAACAUCUUCCGGCUCGAGGAUGCACCCAAGUACGAGAACGGCCUGAUCACUGUGGCCUGCUUUGGUGCCGCCGGAGCGCUGGCUGCCGCAUCAAUGUGUGCCUAUAUGUUUUUCGACAACAAGGCCAGGAACAGACGACAGGGCGUCCGUCUUAGUGCCAGGGACGUGCCGACUCACAAACUUAGAGACGGGCCGAGGGCUGAGGAGUUUAGAUGGUUUUUGUAGGACGAGCUAGCAUCUGUGUGUCUGUAGCUUCUAAUAUAUAUACAACAGUUGAACAAUGCCAAG